AACAAAGAAUGCUUGAGCUAAUCACGUUUAUUACAAAUCAGUGAAGUAGCGCAAACGCCACCAUUGAGGACCUGGUCGGAAAUCCGGGUUGUUUUGCUGCUCCGGCAGUAAGCUGUAAGCCUGGCUACGUGUAAUUUGGGUUGAAAAUGGCUGAUAGAAGAAACAAUAAUGUGCCCACUUCCAGCGCAAAUUUACUAUUUUCUGCGGCACCAGAGUUUAACUUUAAUCUACCAUUUAUACCUGUUAGUCAGGCCAGUGGUCCGGCGGUGUUAUCAGGAGAUGAUUCUGUAGAUGUUGGAGAAGAAGACCGCUUUCUUGGCCAGGCCUCUGGAAAUGCCCCAACCCCUUCCACGUUCAGCUACUUCUCCAGUCCUGUAAACAGCAGUGACCCCUUUGCCUCCAUCGGCCACCUGCCGGCAUGUCCUCCCCCAGCGUCACUAUCGGUAGCGCCAGCAACAUCGGUACCAACAACUGCCCCUGGUGUUGCUGGCACGUCCCCGACACCCCCUGUCCCUCUAAUCAACUCUGCUGUUCCACAACCGUUUGGUAGCGGCAUGUACCAGGGCCCAAUGGGAAGAUGCACUCCGCCCCCUAGCACGGGGACCCCUCCACCUCCACAAGCCCCCGAUCAGAGUUACAAUCCCUACCGCCACACACCCAUCAGCAGCCGAGCCAAACCCUAUAUGCCAGCUCCAGAGGUUCAGUCUCUGCCCCAACCACAGCUGCAGCAAAAUGCGUGCACUAUGAACUCUCCGGCUCCAACAUUCCAAUCCCCACCCUCUACGUUCACAAAGCCCCCUCCGACACAGAUUCAGGGGCCGCCUUCUAUGGCUCAUCAGUCCAGCACUGCUGGAGCAGUGGUUUCUGCAAAUCAAAUGAUGCAAUACAACUACAAUGUUUACGAGGCUGUCCAGCCACACUGGUUCUUCUGCAAACAGGUAGAGUCCAAGAGUGUCUGGCUUCCCUUCAGUAUCCUUGACUCCCUCAAGCUGGAAGAGAUUUAUAAUUCAGUGCAACCGGACCCUGAGAGCGUGGUGGUCUGCACCGAUGGGGGCCGCUACGACGUUCAGCUCUAUGACCGCGUCCGCACUGCUGUGUUCUGGGAGGAGGAACCAACAGAGGUGCGGCGCUGCACCUGGUUCUAUAAGGGGGACACAGACAGCCGCUUCAUCCCCUACUCAGAGGAGUUCAGCGAGAAACUAGAGGCCGAAUAUAAGAAAGCUGUGUCGACUAAUCAAUGGCAUCGUCGACUGGAGUUCCCAUCUGGGGAAACUAUUGUAAUGCACAAUCCAAAGGUGAUCGUGCAGUUCCAGCCCUCUGCUAUGCCGGACGAGUGGGGUACGACCCAGGAUGGACAGACCAGACCCAGAGUGGUCAAGAGGGGCAUCGAUGAUGACCAUGAUGAAAUUCCAGAUGGGGAGCUCCCUCAGGUGGACCACCUGGUAUUUAUGGUGCAUGGCAUCGGACCAGUCUGUGACCUGAGGUUUCGGAGCAUGGUGGAGUGUGUGGAUGACUUCAGGAGUGUAUCACUCAAGCUUCUUCAGAGUCACUUUAAGAAGGCGCAGGAUGAGCGUGUCAUCAGCCGGGUGGAGUUCCUUCCUGUUCAGUGGCACACGGCCCUGCAUGGAGACGCCACAGGGGUGGACAGGAGGAUCAAGAAGAUCACCCUGCCCAGCACGGGCCGUCUGCGGCACUUUACUAAUGAGACCCUCCUAGAUGUGUUGUUUUACAACAGCCCCACCUACUGCCAGACCAUCAUGGACACCGUUGCCCUGGAGAUCAACAGAAUUUAUGCCUUGUUCAUGAAGCGGAACCCGGACUUCAAAGGAAGCGUCUCAGUGUCCGGACAUAGUUUAGGGUCCCUCAUACUUUUUGACUUGCUGUCAAACCAGAAGAAUAGCUCACCUUUGCAAACCAUGUCAGCUGCAAAUCGGAGCCUCCCCUCCGAAAUUAAACAGGAGGCACUCCCUACUGCUGCCACCACCCUGCCCACCGCAGUAGAGGAGGUGCCUAUGGAGCAGGGGGAGGAGUUUGGUAAUCUUUCUGCAGCACUGGAACAUCUGGGCCUGUCUGAGUACCUGAGCACCUUAGAACAGGAGAAGAUUGACCUUGAAUCUUUUCUUAUGUGCACAGUUGAGGACCUGAAAGAAAUGGGCAUUCCAUUGGGGCCAAGGAAGAAAAUAGCCAAGUUUGUCAAAGAAAGAUCAAUCAAGCAGGCAGCACAGGAACGGAAGGCGGCUGAAGUGAAGGCAGCCAAUCAGGAGGUCGUUCCAGCCCGAUCAAGUGAGCCCCUCCCUGUGCCCAGCACCACACAGCUUCCUGUGGGUGGAACCUACUCCUCAAUCCAUGUGGAUUACAACUAUUUUGAAGUCGGUACUGGACAGGUGUCGGUGGUGUAUCACGCUCUGGACUUUGAACCCGUGAAUUUCUUUGCCCUGGGGUCUCCCAUAGGGAUGUUCCUCACAGUGCGAGGGCUGGAGAAGAUUGACGAAAACUACCAGCUGCCCACCUGCAAGGGAUUCUUCAACAUUUACCACCCGCUUGACCCCGUUGCAUACAGGAUUGAGCCUAUGAUAUUGACAGAUUUGGACAUAAAACCGGUUCUGAUUCCACAUCACAAGGGAAGAAAGAGGCUUCAUCUCGAGCUGAAGGAGAGUCUGUCCCGCAUGGGUUCGGACCUAAAGCAUGGCUUCAUCAGCUCCCUGAAGAGCGCUUGGCAGACCCUCAAUGACUUUGCCCGUGCCCACACCUCUAACGCGCAGCUGGCUGCCCAGCUUGCCAUGGUGGCCAAUCAAAUCAAGGAGGAGGAGGAGAAACAGGAACACAGCGGAGUCACAGAACACAGGAUAGCAGAAAACCCUGAGCUGCCUCGCGAAGAUGAACCUCAGGUGAAGAUAGGAAUGCUGAACGGGGGGAACCGAAUCGAUUAUGUUCUACAGGAGAAGCCCAUCGAGAGCUUCAACGAGUACCUAUUCGCCCUGCAAAGUCACCUGUGCUACUGGGAGUCAGAGGACACUGCCCUUUUACUUCUGAAAGAGAUUUACAAGUCCUUGGGAAUUUGCCCAGAACAGAUUCUACAUUGAUGCAGUGGAUUGGUAGCCUGGUGGAAUCGGGCACAUUUGCUACAUUUUCUCUAUGCUAUUCCUCUGCACGUUAACCGAAACCAAAUGGUAAACAAUCAGGCUGGUUUCACUAGGCCAAUGGAUUAUUUGGAGAAAAAUAAAAUGUUCUGAAACUCUUA